GCGUACCCGUGCUUGCGUCCGGGAGGCUGGUCUCUGACGCGACAACAUGACAUGAUCAGUCAGGUCAGGAGAGUAUUGUCCGUCUCUUGGCAGGCGAGCUCUCAGUUUGUAUUAGCGUCAGCAUUUUAUCGUCGCAUGCUGAAAUGCACGUGCUCUUCUUAGCCCCAAACAGUCCCAAAACAGGGAACUGUACCACAGCCGAAAGAAUAAGGAAUCAUAUCGUGGCUGCAGGACAUACUUGUGUACUGUGUGAUACAAGAGAGUUCAGCUCUGCCUCUGAUGUAUCAUCCCUGAUGACGCAAGAGCCGCGGUUCGAAGCUGCGCUGGCCAUUCAUCUUUUCAAAGGAGGCAGGCUUCUUUUAGAUGCUGGAGUGCCUUUUGGGGUGGUGUUUGGAGGGACUGAUGUCAACGAGGACGUAAAAGAUGAGCACAAGCGAGCUGUGAUGGAGGAAGUUCUGCACACGGCCAGGUUUGCUGUGGCGUUCACUGAUAAACUGAAAGAACGUGCCGAGGAACUCUUGAUAUGUGCGAGCAAGAAGAUUUAUGUACAGCCUCAAGGGAUUGAGACCAGAGUGGCAUCACAUUUCAGCUGGAGUGACUUUUUACACAGAACAGGUGUGCGUGCCAAACAAGAGGAAAAUGUACGUGUGUUUCUGCUGGUAUGUGGACUCAGACGAGUUAAGGAUCCUCUGUAUCUGCUAGAAGUUUUUGCAGAAUGGCACAGUCAGAACCCCCUAGUGGCCCUCAUCAUCAUUGGUCCCAAGAUAGAUCCAGUGUUUACCACAGAGGUUGAGGAGAGUGUCAAGAGGUCUGUUGGAGUCUAUCUAGCGGCUGAUUUGAGUCAGGAGGAGCUGCAUGCUGCCAUGCAGAAAUCAUUUGCCCUGGUCAACUCGUCUCUCUCAGAGGGAAUGUCUGCUGCCAUCUUAGAGGCGAUGGAUUUAGGUUUGCCUGUUUUAGCGAGGGAUGUUCCUGGUAAUGCUGCAAUAGUCGAGCAUGAGGUCACAGGACUGCUGUACUCAAGCCCUCAGGAAUUUGUAAGCAUGUCCAGAAAACUUCUGAAUGACCAUGAGCUCGAGGAAAGACUGGUGAGAAAUGGAAAGAAUUACAUUACAACUUGCCACAACCCGAUGGAGGAGAGAAUAGCCUAUCAGAAACUGGUGGAGACUCUUCACUGACAGUAUGAUGGGAUUAACAUUUGUCUCAGGUCUUUAAUAUCUUUUAAAAGGUGAGAGCGUUGUGCUCUUUCUGGAGCUUUUGAAUCUGCAUUGCAUAUUUCAGUUGAAUAUGCAAGCCUAGAUUAUGAUUGCCAUUUGUCUCUACAGUGGGAUAAACAGGAAGGAUAUAUUUAUAGAACGUUGACUUAUUUUUUUCCACCAGGUAUGAAAGGGACAUUACUUUUUUGAUAGCAAGAAUUAUUCCUACUCUCAGGAGGAUCUCAGCCUGAACUGAAGACACAGCUUGUGUUCACAUGUGCAUAUGUGAUAUGACAUGACAGGCAAGACAUGAUUAACUAAAAAUGCCUAAAAUGUAGUAUAUUUAAUUUUACUAAACAAAUGUAUGGUAUGAAGUGGGAAAUCCACUAAAAUAGAUGGCAGGUCUAGUUUCAGAGGUGCUACAUUUAACUUGUUUGGUACAAAUUACACCCUGCUUUUAAUGUAGUCAAAUUUAGAGCUUUAAAAAUGUUAAACCGUGUCAAGGCCAAGAUUUACAGUCUUAAUAAACUCAAAAGACAAUUCUGUUUGUCAUAAGCUGAUUCAGCUGCCAAACUAGUUUUUCUCUUAAGCCCAGAUGAAGAAAAAUGUGUUUUGUACAAUAAAUGAAACACAAGACUGUUUUUAAAGGACACAUUUAUUCUUCGGAGGAAUUUUUAUUUAUUCAUCAAAGUUACUUUGUUCUGGGAUUAAGGUUUGUGCUUAGAGGUUUUGCUAAACAUAUUAUCAAAUAUUUAUUCUGUUUGUAAUUAAGACUGUAUGUCUCAAAUAUUAAACCAUGAAUUUCUAUGAUUGUAUGUACAUUUCUUUUAAUUUCAUGGCACAAUAAAAUAUACUGUAAACACUUGUA